CAACUGCACUCACGCACCCCCGAUCUCCACACCCGGCGGCGGAACGAUUGUUGGCCAUGGAUCGCGCAUCGAACGGCUCUGAGAAAGCACGAGAUGCCCAGGCUUACGAAGACAUUGAGGGAAUCUCUUCUGCGGUGGCCUCCGGCGUCAUCUCCGAGGCCCUUGUAGUCGCCGAGGGCGAAGAGCGAACGACAUGGUUUGUGUGGCUGCUGGUCGCAUGCGCGAGUAUUUCGGGUCUGCUCUUCGGUUACGACACCGGUGUGAUCUCCGGGGCGUUGGUAACUAUCGGAGGGGAUUUAGGACCCGCGGAGCUCUCGUCCGGCCAGAAGGAACUCAUCACCUCCUCUACUACCCUCGGUGCGCUCCUGGGAGGACUCGCCGCGGGCAUGCUGAGUGACUUCAUCGGCCGGAGACCUGUAAUGGGGAUUGCGGACAUCAUCUUCAUUGGCGGUGCGAUCGGACAAGCUGUCUCCCACACCGUCUGGUCCAUGAUUGGCUGCCGUUUCCUCAUCGGAAUCGGUGUAGGCGUCGCCGCAUGUGUCGCGCCUCUGUACAUCCAGGAGCUCUCCCCGACCCGCCUGCGCGGCCGCAUGGUCGUCGUGAACGUCGUCAUGAUCACCGGCGGACAAGUUGUUGCCUACGGAAUAGACGCGGCAUUCGCAAACGUGCACGGCGGGUGGCGCUGGAUGGUCGGCCUAGGAGCGCUGCCCGCGGCCGGGCAGGCGUUCUUCCUGUUCUUCCUCCCCGAAUCGCCGCGUAUCAUGAUCCGCAGGGAUAACAUGGAGGCGGCGCGUGGGACCAUGACGAAAAUAUAUGCGUUCGCUACACCGGAGCAAGUUGACCUCAAGGUGCGGACACUGGCCGCAGCGGUGAAGCUGAGCGUCGAGAUCACGAACACAACGACGCUCUGGCAACGCAUACGGCUUAUUCUCACCGACCCCAUUAACCGGAGGGCGCUCAUCGUCGGUUGUGGUAUGCAAGCCUUCCAGCAACUCUGUGGAUUCAACACCCUCAUGUACUACAGCGCUACGCUGUUCAAGGAAAUUGGGUUCGACCAGCCGACCGCCGUUGGACUCAUCGUCUCGGGCACGAACUUCAUCUUCACGCUCCUCGCGCUCAAGUAUAUCGACAUCAUUGGCCGCCGCAAGAUCAUGCUCUGGUCUGCCCCCGGCAUGAUCGUCGGCCUCGUUCUUGCUAGUGUCGCCUUCCAUUUCCUCACGAAGAAGACGGGUGGGAACCUCGUCGAUGGCACGCAAUACUCAACGACUUGGUCCGCAAUUGUGCUCCUCGCGAUGAUCGUGUACGUCGCAUCGUACGCGACUGGCCUUGGGAACGUACCUUGGCAGCAAGGCGAGCUUUUCGGUCUCGAAGUACGCGGUAUCGGUACCUCGCUCGCAACGACGACGAAUUGGGCGGGCAACCUGCUCAUCGGUGCAACGUACCUCUCACUCAUGGACCGCAUCACACCCGCCGGCGCGUUUGGCUUCUACGCCGGGCUCUGUCUGCUCGGCUGGCUCUUCGUCGUGUGCUGCUUCCCGGAGACCGCGGGUCUCAGCCUCGAAGAGGUCCGCACCAUCUUCCGCAACGGGUUCGGCAUCGCGGAGAGCGAACGCCUCAGGCAGGAGAAGCGCGCCUUGCGGCUUGGGGAUAAGGCGAGGAGAAAGGAGGCGCGGGAGAGGUUGGACGACGAGAAGGUGUGAGUGUCUGCGUAGAGGUGUGAUUUUCUUUUGCUUGUUUGCUUGCUUAUAAUGCUGUGCUACGACUGGAACGACUGUAUUCUUGUAUACGCGCGUAAUGGAUAUACUAAUGUACGGAUGC